GUUACGAAUCAAAGCUUAACAAAUAAAUUAAUCUGUGACGAACUAGUGUAUAAACCUAAAAAAGGAAAAAGAAAAGAAGAAGAAUUAGCGGGGAAAAGAUUAGAAAACGUGAUCAACUGCCAACUCGGCAUUUUUACUCUGCUUCUCCCUCUUCUGUAUAUCCGCGUUUCUCUCUCUCUCCAUCUUCCCGGCGAUUCUUAAGCUGAUGACCGACACAGAUUUCUAGGGUUUUCUCUCUCCAAUUUUCCCCCAAAUCUCGUCAGAUCUUCCCCCUAAUUCUAAUCUCCAAUCAUUCUACUCUUCCUAUUAUUUUCAAUGCUACUACAUUUUCGUCCUCACUCUCACUGAUUCGACAAAAUCUGAGUCUAAUUUGUUCGUUAAAUUCGUUUUCGAUUGAAUUUUAUUGCGGAAGAAUUUGAAUAAUGCCGACUCACGAUCCUGCUACACCUGGCCAGGUAUCAUUUGUCCUUGGACUUGUUCCAGUUCUUGUGGCAUGGCUAUAUUCUGAAUUAUUGGAUUAUAGAAAAAGGUCUACCAUCUCCAAAGCCAGGCAUUCUGAAGUCAAUCUGGUUGAGAUUAGAAAUGGUGCAAGUGCAACUGAGGAAAAUGAGAAUGCUUUUUUGCUGGAAGGCGGAGGGACAAGUUCAGUGCCUUCGGGAGCUCGAAAUGAAUCUUUCAUGCAUCAUAUCUCAAGGUUUUUUUUAAUGGAUGAGACUUUCUUGCUUGAUAAUAAAUUGACAUUGAGAGCUAUGUCUGAGUUUGGUCUCUUUUUGGGUUACUUCUACUUCUGUGACCGGACAAAUCUUUUUGGUGAAUCUAAAAAGGAUUACAAUCGAGAUCUAUUCUUGUUUCUCUACUUUCUACUUAUCAUUGUUGCAGCUAUUACAUCAUUUACAAUACAUACGGACAGAUCACCAUUUUCUGGAAAAUCUAUUCUUUAUUUGAAUAGGCAUCAAACUGAAGAAUGGAAAGGCUGGAUGCAGGUGCUUUUUCUGAUGUACCACUAUUUUGCUGCUACUGAGGUCUAUAAUGCUAUCCGUGUUUUCAUAGCUGCUUAUGUGUGGAUGACUGGAUUCGGUAACUUCUCCUACUAUUAUAUCCGCAAGGAUUUUAGCUUUGUGAGGUUUGCUCAGAUGAUGUGGCGGCUCAAUUUCUUGGUGAUAUUUUGCUGCAUUGUCCUAAACAACAGCUAUAUGCUGUAUUACAUAUGCCCAAUGCAUACUCUUUUUACUCUUAUGGUUUAUGGUGCUCUUGGCAUUCUGCACAAAUAUAAUGAGAUUGGAUGGAUCAUGGCUGUAAAAAUGGGUGCUUGUUUUCUGACUGUUAUACUGAUUUGGGAAAUACCUGGGGUGUUUGAACUGCUCUGGAGCCCAUUCGCUUUUCUUCUUGGUUAUGUUGAUCCUGCAAGACCAAAUCGUCCUAUCUUGUAUGAAUGGCACUUUCGCUCAGGCCUUGAUCGCUACAUAUGGAUAAUUGGAAUGAUAUAUGCUUAUUAUCACCCAAUGGUUGAGCGAUGGAUGGAGAAACUGGAAGAAGCAGAAGUGAGAUGGAAAAUAGCUAUUAAAGCAGCUGUCGUGAUUAGCUCUCUGUCGGUAGGGUAUCUCUGGUUUGAGCACAUAUACAAGUUAGAUAAGGUUACAUACAAUAAGUAUCAUCCUUAUACCUCGUGGAUCCCAAUUACUGUCUACAUAUGCUUGAGGAAUGUUACCCAGCACUUCCGAAGCUACUCGUUAACACUUUUUGCAUGGCUUGGCAAAAUCACAUUGGAGACUUACAUCUCCCAGUUUCACAUAUGGCUAAGAUCUAGUGUGCCUGAUGGACAACCCAAGUUAUUGCUGUCAUUUAUCCCAGAUUACCCACUGCUGAACUUCAUGCUCGUUACUAGCAUUUAUGUAGCAGUUUCGUAUAGGCUAUUUGAAUUAACUAACACAUUAAAAGUGGCAUUUCUUCCAAGCAAAGACGACAAAAGGCUAACGAACAACAUAGUUGCAGCUUUGGCUAUCUCUUGUGUUCUCUACACACUGUCACUAAUGCUGCUAAAAGUCCCUCUGAUAAUGGUGUGAAUUUAGAACUGUAGAAGUAUUGAAGAUGCUAAGAGAGUCCAUGUCUACUCAAAUUUUUAGACAUCGAUAUGUUAUCAUCUAUCACGAAAGAAUGUAUCUGAAAAAGAUGAUUCAGAAAAUACUAGUCAUAUGAAACCCCGAUGAAAUUGAGGCCAAGUCUUUCUGAUCUAUGUACAGGAGUAUGCUGAAAGGCUGGUGAACACGCGCGCACAAGAAAACAUGUUUCAUUCAUUUAAUAGCCAUUCUUUCUAUAUACUCCCAAAUCUAGAAGAUGUAAUAUGUUUAAUAUUAGCUAAGCCGGUUAAUCCUGUAUACAGUAUACCAACCAGUUUUGGAUAGUAUCAAUUACAAGUUUUCAUGUGUUAAAUGUGGUUAGGAUGACUCUUUUGUUGUGGUCUUUAUGGCAAAUUAAUUGUGCCCUGUGAACUAUAAAGUUGUAUACGUGGUGUUACCUCUGCGGUUUUAACAUCAGCUGAUGGGGGUCACCUACAUUUUAUUUUGAACGCAGUUGUAGACUUGCAAUUGUAGAAUUGUAUGAAUUGGUUAGUGAUCUGUAUAAAACAGUAAAUUACAAGUA